AUGUUCGGAUACGAGUGUCUGUACUCCAAAAGUCCCCGCUCCUUCCUCUUCUCCGUUGUCGCCAAUGUCGGCCCCCACGGAGCCAGCCGCUCUCUGGCCGUGGCCUACCGGCAGGGCAACGAUAAGGACAUCUCAGCAUCAUCUUCGGAACGUGUUGAGAAUGUUGUGGCAGACAUCCUUGCGCUGAUCAAAAUAUUCUCAGAUUCCGCGAACCGCGCGCCACUUGAGGCGGAGAGGGCACUCGCGGAGGGCUGGUAUGGUCGGUCUCAGGGUGACAACGAGGCUGAGAGUAAUGAGCGGCCUAGCAUUCCAGACAGGCCGCAGCCUCCUUUCGUUAUACCUGAUGGCUCCCAGGAGGAAGAGCAGUCGCAAAUACAGCCCGAGCUGCCAUGGCAUGAUGAUGGGCUCAGCGAGUUUCCCUUUACAACGACCUGCCUUUUGCUGGCAUUAUUAGGCAACGAUAGCGAUUCUAAUACCACUAAUAGAAUCAGCACGCGCCCCGGCGACGUUCAGCUCCAGCCGUUAUCCACUUUGUUCCGUGCUGACUGCCUCGAGUAUGGCCUUGUCGUUCUCGACAUCUCCGACCUUGACAGCGGCGUCAAGUACGGCAUCGUUGGUUUCCCCGUGCGUUAUAUGGCCGAAGUCUCCUAUUGCCCGCGGCCUCGAGUGCCGUUGGCUAUUUCUCCGUGGCUACGCAAGUACUUUUACCACAUGAACCUGGAAGAGGACCCCAGGUUCCUGAUACUGAAGAAUACGCCGAUUGUUUAUGCUGCAGCCUUAGACUACUUUUGGCCUUCAAAGUCCACCACCAGCGCUAAAGAUGCAUCGACCACAACACCCUCGCGCUUGACUACGUCAAACGAGCCGCCGCGAAAUGCGCACAUGGACCGCGCUAUCGAUAAUCUGCUGAUUCUCACACAGGAUCCCGCCGAUCUUCACCUCGAUGAGGAGACAAUCGACAAAUUUCAAAAGCUUGCCAAAUUCCGCGAGCAGCUGCGGCGGCGGCUCGAAGAGGUGCCCCAUAGCCUGGGACCGUCCUCCGAGGCCUCGGGCCAUAUUCUGCGCGUUGCAUACGCCGGACAAACGCACCUUAACUGGGUUGCGUUUAGGAACCUCGCGCCCGCCGUGAUCGCUGCCGCGAUUGUAUCUGAAGAACUUCGAAGCGCGUCUGCGCUCAGUCUCUGCGUCGAUAAGUUCAAGGUGGAGGGAGACGAGGGAGACCUUAGUGAUCUAGCAGCGGCUCUAGCGCAGUCUAAGACCCUCAAACAGCUCUGUUUUGUCCAAGGACCGGACAGGCACAGCGAUGACGCCUCUGCUCGUUUUUUCACGCAAAUCAUCUAUCCGACUUACGCCUUUUCGACAUCCUUGCGCAGCCGUAAAUUCACAUCGCCCUCGACUACUAUUUUCACUCGCCCUUCCCCCGUUGCCCAAAUAUUUCCUGUGAUGCACAUGCUCACGCUUGUGGGUCAUCAGCGCGAAGAUGCCGCAGACGCAGACCACCAGAACAGUCACUAUUACGACAUGGGCAACACCCUUCUAGACCCCGAGCGCUUUGCCGUCCGAUUUCUAUCAUACCUCCGUUCCGUGGGUUCGGGUUCUGACAAGGCCAUCUUGCGAUUCGCAUGCGGGGAAGUCUCCUCGUCACUCACCACCACCAACGACGACAAGUCGUCGCCACCAUCUGUAUCACCAGGACGGUUCGCUGUGAGCCCCAUUCCCACUGAAUUCUUUGGCAGCAACCUCGCAGCAAGUGGUGAAUCAAGAGUCGGAGCCAGAGAUAUACACCCUGGCAGCUGGAUGCUCCUUCUGAAUCAACAAGGCAGUAUUUCGAGUGACGACGAUGAUAUCUUACUACAAUACUCAUUUGUCAGAACUCGUCCAAUCUCUGCCGAGAUUGCACACGAGCAACAACAACAACAAAUACCCGGUUUUGACUCUAGUCUUGUCGAGGUAGUUGGCGGGCUAAUAGAGUUCCUGCGCGAGACGGUGCCAGGGAUAGACGUUUCGAAGUACGAGAAAAGGGUCGAGAGAGUAGAGGAGGACCUCCGCACGCAGCGGGCUUCCAUGAAAUCGAGGAAAAGCCGUGUCCGUAUCGGCGUCAUGCAUGAGAGCGGUGCCCGUAAAUUGCUUACUCAGUUUCUGUGA